AUCUGAACUUCCAGCUUUAGUUCGUGAGCCUGAAAAUAAAAGUGCAACACUGCCACCACGUGGAGAAACGUGAGACUACAAAAGCGUCCACAGCAUCCCAUUUGUCUCCAUCUGUCUCCAUCUUUCUCCCUCUGUGUCUCCUUGUGUCUCCCUCUGCGUCUCGCUCUCUGUCUCCCGUCAGGAAACGGCAGCAGACUCAAACUCAGCCGGUGUGAAACAUUAAAACUGUCAUUAAAACGCCUCUCAGGACACUAAGAAUAAAUGAAUAAAAACCAGGCGACCAGUCCGUCGUGCUGCCAGCUGCUGCCAUUCAUGAAUGAGGCCGGGUCCUCUCCUCCAUCUCACAUCAUCACCACCAUCACCAUCGCCAUCAUCAGCGCCGGUCACGUGGUGCGUCGGGAGCGGGCGGGGGGCGUGUCCAAUCGCGUGUGGUUUCAUUCAUAACUACAGUCUUUAUUUGAAGCCCAAAUUAAAGUAUGCGGACGGACCGCCGCUGCACACGGACUCUACAGCCGGGCUGCGAGCAGACGACGCGGGGAUGCGGGACAGCCCCGAUCGGCGGGUUUUCGGAGGAGAGAGGAAGACGAUGCUGCUGCCGCUGCUGGUGCUGAUGCUGAGGAUGCUGCUGCCGCUGAGCGCCGCCGGCUGCAGCGGGUCGCUGUAGGGGAGCUGCUCCAAACACCGCCUGUAUAGACCGCUUCGCUCACGCUGACCUGGACCAUGAGCAAUGAUUUGCCUGUUCUUACAAGUCUGACCGAGAACUCCACUGACGUGCCUGUGUCUGCGGGUCAGGUGGAGAACUAUGUGCUGCUGCUGGUGCUGCUGAGUGUUUUUGCCGGGGGGACGCUGGUGCUGCUCUCCCUGCUGCUGCUCUUCUGUCACCGCUGCUGCAUGGGUGGGCGACGCUACUCCAGAGCCAGCGAUGACCUCGAGAAGACAAACACCACCUAUGCUGAGGAUUCUCAGCCCACCCAAGAGAUCACCAUUCAUCUGGAUGAAUCAGACGCUCUCUCGGCGGCGAGCUGUCACGAUGGAGAGUCAGAACGAUUCGUCUCCACCGGGUCCACCGGCCGCAGAGUCUCCUUCAAUGAAUCUGCACUUUACGAACAGGAGAAGACGACUCAGGACAAAGCACGCAGGUACACUCUGACUGAGGGAGACUUCCACCACCUGAAAAAGGCCCGGCUGACCCACCUCCACCUGCCUCCGGCCCCGUGUGACCUGAAGAUCCUCACCAUCAUGGAGUGCGACUCGACAGAGAGCAGCACCAUCAACAUCAGCGAGACUGCAGCUCCCAAACUGCCUCUCACCAUCUACCAGCCCGCUGAGAGACGAGUCCCCGAGUGGAUGGGACAGAGCCUCAGUGGAGGUCUGCCAGGAGACCCGCACCACUCCACCAUCCUGGACCAGAGCCCCAGACAGACCCCGUCAGCCGUGAAACCACAGCACACACUCUCGCAGACAAUGGAGGCUGUCGGGGACAGGGGAGAGGCUGAAAGUGAAAGGGGGUUGAGAGGACAGUUAACUCUGGCUCCGGGCCAGACUUCAGUUCUACAUUUCCUCUCUAAACUGCGGCGCCACGCCAGUCUGGAGGGGGCGGGGCCUUACUUCAGGAGGUGGAAGUUCGACAGCAGUCACCGGGCUGCCAGCCUGGACGCAAAAGGGUCCCCGAAGAGAAGGCCCUUCCAGAGACAGAGGGCAGCAAGUGAAACUACCGAUCACACCGAGGACGAAUCCUCUCCUCUCCGAGACGAGGCCAUUGAAUCUUUCCCACACACUCCCAUCCAGACCAGUGGCCUCCAGUCGCUCUCUGCAGAGUCCCUGUCUCACAGCGCCACCACACCCACCUGCUCAGUCUUCCUCAGCAGGCAAAAGCUGGAGGCCAUGGUGGAGGUAGGUGGUAGCAGCGAUCUCUGCUCUCCAACCAAUGUUUGUCACACCCAGAGCCAAGAGGAGGCCACCGUCAAUGGAACAGGAGUGGAAAGAGAAACAAAGUUCUGCGUGGUUACGAGAACAGAGGAGACAGAAGUCGAGCAACAGUCGGUAGAAGACGACGAUUUGUUUGGGGAACAACAAGAAGCCGCCAUACAGGAAAGGUUCGAGGACAUGUUGAGGAAAACUAAAGACACAAAGACGGACCUCGUGACAUCAGAUGUGAGGACAAAGAGCGAGGCCGAGGUGGACGACGGAGAUGAGGUGGUGUUGGGAGCGGAGGCCAGAGGAAGGGCCGACUCAGGCUCAUCGCUAACCUUCAUGAUCCGCCAGGAGAGCUCGGAGGCUCCUCCCUCCCUGUACAGAGACAUCUGGAGCCUGCGAGCCUCUCUUGAGCAGUACGCUUCCUCGGACCAGAGCAGCACAGAUCGGGAGUCCGUCCGCAGUGAUGCCGACAGCGUCUCGUCCCUCGGUGGCGCAGGAGCUCGCUCUGGCCUGGAGAGCUGCUUGUCCCAAGACCUGGACGACGAGCCUGACGGAGAAGUGGAGGGAGAGGUGUCGGAGAGGGGAAUCAGAGGGGCGUCAGCUGGGGACAGUGACAUGGGAAGUGGAGCUGGAGGGGAGAUUGAGGCAGGGAACCGUAAGCUCCUCCAGAUGGACAGCGGCUACGCCUCCAUCGAAGCACCAUCUAAGGCUCCCGAGGAAAUGAGGCUUUUUGGGACUCCCGGAGCUCCUCGAAGUAAGACGGCGUCUGAGAGGAGGCUGUUCUUCACCAGCUCUGGGAGAAAAGGUUCGGUGUGCGAGAGCAUCGAGGCCAAGCUGUUCCAGGAGGAGCUGGAGGAUGAGAUGACAGACAGCACAGAGACGGAGGAGAAGCCGAAGGUGAAAUCUAAAACCGGCAGCCAGUCCAUUACCCUUCAAGAUCCAUAUCAACUUCUGAAAGGCCUUCAUCCUCAGAAACCUCCGGAAUCACCGUCGCAGCCGAUGUCUCCGCUGAUCAAGCCGAUCGCACCGCCCUCUAGUCCCCACCCACCCCGUCUCCGCCGCCGCGACUACAGCAUCGACGAGAAGACGGAUGCUCUUUUCAACGAGUUCCUCCGUCAUGACCCGCGCUUCGACCAGCAGGAUUCUCCGCUGCGCGCCAGGCACAGAUCCCGAGUUCACCUCCGGAAACAGUGGCAGAGACACAAGCAGUACAGCGACCCGGGGUCAGGCGCUGGGGGCAGGUACUCCCCAUCUUUGGAGAGGCAGAGGUUCACUCCUCUGCGGAGAGGCGACAGCGCCGGCUACCCUCUGGACACCAGGUACCACAGCACACUAUCACGCAUCGCGAGUGCUGCAGAUGAAGAAGCCAGCGAGGUUGCGGCUUGUGAGGAAGCGGCCAAAGAGAGCACAGAGAACAAAGACCCGUCGAGUGAAAGAGCUGCGGGGGACGCGACAGGAAGUACAGCCAGCACAACCUCCGAAGGCGCCGACGCAACGAAAAGCCGCGCAGAGUCGACGGGCGAGGACGACGACUCGCCAAAAAGGGACACAGAAAGCACAACUAGCCCAACUCUGACCACUGUGACCACACAGAGAAACCACAUGGAUCCGAGAGUCGACAACAGAAACAACAACAGCAGUCAGGCGAUUUUAUCGGAGAGCAGCCUGACAGACAAGCUGGUCGUGUCGGUGGAGGAGCGGCUCUACGGCGGACUGCGCAGCUCAGAGAAGCUCGGCCAGGGAGGAAGUGAGCGAGCGCUCACCGUGUCUCACACGGCCUCACCUGGCUUCAGUCCCACAUAACCUGUAACGUGUCAUUCAUCAACUUUAUUUCAGACGUCCAUGGACGACAGACUCGGACGAAGCACUUCUAAACAUCAUCACGUGUUAGGAACUUUGUCCCUUACAUUUGGACAACUGAUGCACCAAAACAUAUAAUCCUUGAGGACUGAAGUACCUUCUCGACGGCCAGUCUCUUCCAGCGUCUCCAUCCAGACCUUAAUUUCCACUGUGACACCAUGUGACAUGUGAUGCCCCUUUUUAUUGGUAACCCUUCCUCAAAAUCAAAAAAAAAAAAAAAAAAAAUGCAUUCUUUACAUAGCUUUGAAAAUAUAGACCCAUCUUUAGAAGAAAAAAAAAAGUAUUUUCAGACUUAACUGUGAAUUUUCAGCAUGCUACUGUAUGUCCAGACAACGUGUAUGUGAAUACUGUACAGUUUUAUCUUUGAAAACAAAAAGCACUUUGACGGGAAGAAAGAUGAUGAUGGAGUUUGUCGCCCAUUUUCCCUCAUUUGAAGAAACCCACAUCCUCCUCAAGUGUCCUUCUUGUUCACCAUGACGGUAAAUGUCUCCAUGAAAGCUUCGAUCGGAAGCUGACCAUAUUAAAAAAAAAAAAAAAAAACCCAAAACAAAAUCAUAAUCAUUCUUCCGUGCUUGCCUCCCUCUUUCAUUAACAGCCUACCAUAUCAGCAGAUCUGGAGAAUUACGCACAGCAUAUCGUAGUAAAGAAAAAAAAAAAAACAGAAAACAGAUGGGAUACCCUGACUAUACAGCCGACACAGCAGUUGAAAACACAUGCAUAAAGGAUUUUUAUACUCAUAUGUCAUCUAUUUUUAUAGGAUUUCUGUUAGUCAUCGUUCCUGUUAUUCGUCACGAUUAAAAGGAGGUGGUAUCCAGGAGUGUUGUAUCACUGCUGGGACUCUGUUGAGGGUGAGACUGACAGAUGAUACUUAAAUUGACUGACACAGGAGCCUCUCAGGCUUUCAGACAGAUGGUCCAGUGACAAGAGAGUCGAGGCUGUGAAAGCAGGAGGUUUAGCUCGAUGGCGGCGGCACCGAAAUCCAAGCAGAGUAGGAUGUUUUUAUUCCGUAUUACUGAAGAAAAGAAGGGCGAUAUUCUGUAUUUUUCUUACUGUCAACAAAUGCAGUGAAAACACUUAAUUAAUCCCACUGAAAAUGCUUCAUGUAGCAUCAUCUCUUUAUCAUUGAUCCCCAUUGUUGUCCAGUGGUCAGUAGAGCGUAUACCUCUGCCAAGGCCAAAAUGUCCCCUUUAAUUCAAUCAAGCCUACCAUAAAACAUCGUAAAGAGAUAACCACUGUUAAAAACAUGUUUAAAUCCAGAUUUUUUUUGUAACUCACUCACAGAUGACAGCCAUAUCUCACAACAUUAAAGAAAGUGAGAAAAAUAAUCCUGCAUCUGUCUAUUUAUCAGGAUCGACACCGAAAGUGAAUGAGGUCCAUUCGGGGGAAUGAGACCCAUCCUCCAUCCAAGUUUUGGGGAAAUGUGUUGAGUAGUUUUUCUGAAUUUCUGCUGACAAACCAACCAAACAGAUCAACAAAAGGGACAUGGGUGAAAACAUGACCUCCUUGGCAGAGGUAGAUAUGUUUCUUCAUGGCUACAAACACGGCAACGCAAGUUUAAUUUAAUCUAAUCUCUCAUACACUGUUUCUAAAAUAAAAAUGUUUUAAUCCAUAGAUGAAAAUAAAGCUAUAGAUAUACGCCGUUUAUUCCUAUUAGAGUAAUGUUUGAUAAAAAUAACAGUGCCGAACUGUUUUAGAAUAAAAAUGAGUACAAAUAAAUCAUUUGUGAUGCCUUUCUACAUAAACAUUGUGAGACGAACACCUCGCUGGUUUUGAAUUCAUGAGAUUUCUUGAUAUAAAGAAAAUACAGAAUAUUGCCAGCCUUACCCUCCAAGUAUUAUUCUACAUAUAAUCCUGUCUUGACAUGUUAAAUUCUAGUGAUCCCACAGGCCAAACAGCUCUUUUCCCCGCAUGGUAACGCGUCAUUCAACCUACCCUCACGUCAAUAAGAAAACUGCUGCAUGUUAUAACGUGUGAUGACGACUGUCACCUGGGAAACUGCAGUGGUAGGUACAGCUUGUUCCUUUUCCUUUCUCAUGGUCUUGAGUUUGAGCUGCAGCACACGUGUGUGUAUCUUAUGAAACUCAUAUCUUUGUCAUCCAUGGUGAGCCAUCUGUUUUAUUGUAAAACGAGUAGUGCAGAAAAUCCAAAACGUCUUGCAGCCUUGACAAAGGCGAGACCUUUGCGGGACCAACUGAGGCACAUAAUUCAUUUUGGACUGAACAUUUUUCUGAAUAAAAAAAAAAAAAAGAAGGAAAAGAAAAAACACACUCACUCCCCUACGCAUGAUUUUAUAAUGUGAUUCAUGAUCUGGUGAUGUCUUGUACUGUCAGAAUGGAAGAGCAAACGUACAAACUAAUCACACUGCUGAAAUAUUCUUCCUAAUGUGAACCAUCUCUUCGUCCGCACCACAUUUCUCCUCGUGUCUCGGUGAGCGGAGCCUUUGUGUCGACCUUGCUGACGUGAUAAGCGCUGCUCCCUCCCUCCCUCAGAGUUGUGACUCACCUGCUCUCUGAUCUAUUCCCAGCGAGGGGCUGAUGAUGGGCCUGGCUGCGUAAGAGGGGGGGGGGGGGGCUCCCGCUGAUGUGAUCGGCACAACAAAGAGCAGCACUGGAGAACAGGCGACCGGGCGAUUGUGACGGCACACCGCCUGCAGCCGAGCGGCACUGGCUCUUGAUACUCUGGGGUGUCUGACUCUAAAACUAGCUGCAGCCAUCAGAGGAAGACGAGUGUAGCAUUCCCUCAACAAUAUAACCUUGUGAAGGACACUCGAAUAAUAAUCGACUAUGAAACACGACAUAAACCACUGGAGGUGUUUUUGCAUUAUAAAAAUGUGCUCAAAACCAAAGUUGAACAGAAAGGAUCAUCCAACAAAACAGCCUGUUUGGGACAUAUUUUAUAUAAAUAAUAAUUAAAAAAUAUUCAUUGGAAAAAAGAAAAAGAAAAUAAACCUAAAUGGAAAUCAUAAAUCCCCAACAGGUCAGCGGUGGAUCUCAAGGCUUCAGUCGAUCAGUCUGUCCACAAACCAAGCACGUUCCCUUUCGUUCAGCUCUGUACAGCAUGCAGUUUCUUAUGUGGGUGGUAGUAGAGUACUAUCAUAAUUAUUCUCAUCAUAGAUCUAAAUAUAGAAUUAUUCAUAACUUUUGUCAUUUUUUUUUUUCCUCUUUAAUUUUUUUUACACAUCACAAUGUGUCUUAAAAACUGCCAUUAGGGUUCUGUAAAAACAAAAGGUAGUCAAAAGAAACAGAGGGUGGAUGGGUUGGUUGGUUGGGUGGGUGGGUGGGUGGGGGUACACGGGUGAUGGUGUUCAUAAUGUCCGGUGCAACACUUGGCCCUGCUGAGAGGAUGACGGGAUGAAGUGGGGCGAUGACUCGAUGACAAAGCUGGAUGACAGGAGUUGAAAGAAAAGAAAGAAAGAAA